CAGCAGCUGCAGGAUAGGAGCACUGAGAGGAAGCAGCAUGGACACCAGCUCAGAAUAACCUGCGUAUUCCCACCCUGCACCUCACUGUCCCUGUGACACCUGCGCCUCAUGCAAUCACGAGGGAUUCUGCUUUUCUCUGCCUCAUUACCGGGACUCCUCUAACUCUCAUUGGGAAACAGCUUCUGGAUUAUUUUAUUUCCCUUCUCUUUUUUUAUCUAAUUGUUCGGAAUUGUUCCCAUUCUGACAAUUGAUGGGUUUCAUACACAAGAAGAUGCGGCUUCCUAUAAGUACCGUGGCUUGCAGGACCGUGCUGGUGUUUUUGCUGUUAGCCGCAGGGUUAUUGGCAGAUGGUUCUACCUCUACUGCAGCACAGACAGCAUCACCUGGAAUUGGAAGUACAGAGACACCAGCCACAUCUUCUGAAAAUAGACCUAUAAUAACAAACACAGAAACAGUGUCUACUGAUAGUACUGGUACAGAUAAAGUAGAAUCUGAACACACUUCUAGCAUUGGUUUAACAACAAAUUCUGAAAACUCUCUUACCACCCAACAAACACCAGCAGCAUCAACCCAUGAACUUACUUCCGUGGAGGAUUCAGUUUCAUCCGUAUCUACAAACACAAAAGCUGUAGAAGACAAAUCUGAAUCAACGGUAUUACCUAGUACAGUUUCUCAUACAGAACUGACAGUGACUACUGAAAUUGACUCCUCCAUUCCAAACUCAACAAGCCCACAAAUUACAAGCUCUUCACCCUCAACAAAUGACCCAGAUAACAAUACAUCUACUUUUAGUCCCCAAACGUCUACUGGAAAUCUAUUAAUAUCUACUGUCAAAACAACAGAAUCUACUGAUGGACUUACAAAACCAUCUACAGGACCGACUGGGAUAUCUAGCAUUGCAUCUACGUCAAAGCCUGCUGAAGCCACUACUCAUUCUACAACAGGUGUAAAUACAAAAGCAGAUACCACAUCACCACUUAAAACAGAACCACAAACACCCACUGAAUCUACAACUGUAUUAGUCAGUAAGUCAACAAGUCCACUGGCUAGAAAUCCAGAAGCUAGCACAAGUCAAAAUACAGAUUACACCGGUACAAGCAAAACAGAACUUGCAAAAGCUUUGAGUCCAGGAAGUGUCGCUGCCAUUACAAUUAUCGUUAUUAUUGUUGUCUUACUGGUGUUUGGAGGAGCAGCAUAUUGGAAAAUCAGGCAUGGAUCCUACGGAAGACUUCUGGAAGAUCAAGAUUAUGGAUCCUUGGGAAACUACAACAAUCCUUUAUAUGAUGAUUCCUGAAAUAUAAUUGCGAGUCCGAUCAAGAACAAGCACGUGUUAUGCGUUGGUGUUGUUUUGCUGGGAACAUCCAGCAACUAUAUAAUUUAAUAUAAAAUUCUUUAAAUUCUCAGGCCAGCUGAAAUUGUCUCUUGUGCUUUGUGUCUGCUGUGCAGUGAAAAAAAACAACUGAAAAUCAAAGUGUCAUUUCAGUGAAUUGACAUUAAGGGCAAGAUUACGAGUGGGGCGCUAACAGUUACAUGCACGCGAAAAGGGGUUUAUUGCGGGUGUUUUCGUGUGCGUCAGGUUUUUCUCACAUAUUACAAUUUGAAAGUAAUUGCGAUCACUUGAGAGCAAUUGAGGUUAGCGCGACCUCAGAGCUCUCGUUAACUGUUUCGUAAAACAAAAAAGUGUCACAAAACACAUACAAAUACAUAAAAAAAAGUUACACUCAUAAUAACACCAUCUAAUAAAAACUAUUCCAAAAUAAAUAUUGCACAAACAAGUUAUAAGGGCUCAAAGAUAUGAGGUCUCAGGUGUUAGAAAAAAAGGCAGACAAAGAGCUUUAAAGAUUUAUAUGUAUAUGUAUAUACUGUAUAUAUAUAUAUAUCUAUAGUGUACAUAUGUAUUUUAUCUGUGUAUAUAUGUAUUUACAGACAUAUAUAAACAUAUAAAUACAUAUGUAUAAAUAUAAAGACAUAUAUAUAAGUCCAUCAGAGCCCUUUGCAGUCAAUUACAGGAAAACAUGUAAAAACAUAUUCAUGCAAUAUUCAUAUUUAAUAAAGUGUUAUACUGUGUAUUUACUGUAAUAUUUUACAUUCCAAUUUUCUGCACAUAGCAGAAUAUGUUCUAUGUAUUUAUAAAUAGAUAUUCCUAAACAGGCAUACCUAAUUUUAAUGCACUUUGCUAUAUUGCUCUUCGCUCUUUUUACAAAUUGAAGGUUUGUGGCAACCCAUUUUUCCAAACUAUAUACACAUAUAAACACCUAAAUACACAUGAAUACACAUAUGUACACAACUAUAUAUACACACCACCACCAAAAAAGAUUAUGACUUAUUGAAGGCUCAGAUGAUGAUUAUCAUUUUUUAGCAAUAAAUUAUUUUUUAAAUUAUUUUAUGUACAUUUUAGACAUACUACUAUUGAACACUUAAUAGACUACAGUAUAGUGUGAAUACAACUUUUAUAUACACUGGGAAACAAAAGUUUUUGUGUGAGUCACUUUACUGCGGUGGUCUGGAACCAAACCCUCAAUAUCUCAGAGGUACGCCUGUAUAUAUCUGUAUAUAUCUAUACCUAUAUAUAAUCGUGUGUGUGUAUAUAUAUAUCUCAGAGGUAUGCCUGUAUAUAUCUGUAUAUAUCUAUACCUAUAUAUAAUCAUGUGUAUAUGUAUAUAUAUAUAUAUAUAUAUAUAUGGUAUGCCUGUAUAUAUCUUUAUAUAUCUAUACCUAUAUAUAAUCAUGUGUAUAUAUAUAUAUAUAUAUAUAUAUAUAUAGUUAUAUAUUGUACCAAAAUACCAUCAGAUAUAUAUUGAAAUAUGUAUUUAUGAAUAAAUAGAACAUAUUCUGCUUUGUGAAGAACAUUGGAAUGGGAAAUAUUCAUAUGUUCAUGUCAGGUUAGCACACUUGAGAAUAUUCAAUUGAGUUUGUGCACAAGUAGGGUGUUUUCCCACUUUUAUUACUCCAUUGACUUCUAUGGGGAAUAAGUUAUCGCGCACGCAAUAUUCUAACUUUGGCUUUUUACAUUCAUCAGGUAAGCGCCCAAGUGAAAAUAGUUUACUUUCAACUUGUAAUAGGAGCUUACUUCUAGCACAGUUAACGCUCAACUUGUAAUCUGGCCCUAAGAGGGUUUGUAUUCAUAAAAAUAGUGCCUAUUUAUUUCAAAUGAUGAUAACCAAAAUCAUUAAUACUGGUGUGUGUAUCAGAAUAAUAAGAGAAAAUGUUUGUGUGCCAGGAAUCAUACCAAAAAUUCAUGUCUAAAAAUAAAAUUUAAAUGUUCUAUGUUAGCUUAAUAUCUUCAUAGGGAUUUCUGCAGUUAAUUAAAUCACAGGCUUCUAAGAAUCCUGAUCUUUUGAGAACUUAUCUUCCCCAGAGACAUAUGAUGCCUGCUUUACUCAAGUGCUAUCUAAAAUAUUUUGCUACAUCACAUUAACAUUAUAUAUAUAUAUAUAUAUAUAUAUAUAGGCUUACCAUAAUUUUUAGAGGUGAAACUGGGACCACCUGGUGCUGUGCCAGUGAGGGUGUGGUCAGGAGCGUGGUCAAGGGGGCAUGGCAAUUACCGGUCCUUUUAAAGUAGUAGCUUUUAUGUGUGUAAUGUUUCAUGGAUACUCUACCCUUCCUCAGUCAAACAAGUGAAUCACACAGUUUAAAUAGACCAUAACACCACCCCCUAGUGAAAAAGGCACCAUUAUGUUGUCAUGGCAAAUAAAUCAUUAAUCUAAAUCUCAGAUUCUAAAUAAUGCCAAACAUCAAGCAUAAUUAUCACAUUCAUAAUUAUCAAUUUCACAAUUUAAUAUCUGCAGUGUAAUAUGUGUUUUAUGUGCCUAAUUAAGGAACAGAGCCAAAUACUGAUAAGGCAUAAAUACAACAUUGAAUGAAAGUAAAAAAGAAACACGUACCUGCUAAAGCUGUUUAAGAGGCUACUCUAUACCAUAAUGCAGGAAGAUUAUAGCCAAAAUGCUAUCCUGCAUGCAGUAAAGCAAGAUCCACGCCAAAAAUCCUGCCUGUCUGUACUUCCUAGUCAUACCCAUAUGAUUCCCCUAAAGGUGUAUUACCGGCAAUGUCACUAGGGGUUCGGGGGGUGUUAAAUUCUUAGAAAAAUAUACCAAGUAGUACUACAAAAUAAAAAAACCUAUGCUGCUCACUCAGCCUGUAUUACUAAAGGUAAACUUUGAAGGACAUGAACGUUAAGCUACGUAGGGCUGUAUGUAACAAAGUACCAGCAUCCAACUAUGCUGGAGAGCCACAGUCCAGUCAUUUUGAAUAAUGUGUCUGGGUUUCAGGUGGGCUGAAACCCGGACGCAUGAUUUGAAACCUGGAGGUGGCGACCCUACUGGGACAGAAUGAACAACUGGGUGGGACACUGGGACAGCGCCUCCAAACCGGGACAAUCCCAGUAAAAGUGGGACUUCUGGUAAGCCUAUAUAUAUAUAUAUAUAUAUAUAUUAUAUGUAUAUAUAUAUCAGCACAAAUUUGUAGCAGUAUGUUUCCAGAGCAACACUUACAUUGAACACAGAUCUCUCAUUAUGCCUUUGCAGUUCCAAUAUAAGAUUCUCAUCUACUUAAAUGGACACGAAACCCAAAACUUUUCUUUCAUGAUUCAGAGAGGCCAAUUUAUUAAGGGCAGAAUUAAUACAUCUAUUCCCGCGCGACCCUUCAGGCUCACCGGAAACAGUAGUUAAGAAGCAGCGGUCUUAGGAGGCUGCAGACAGCAAUCUGCCCGAUCCUUUACGAUCGGGUUAAUUGACACCCUCUGCUAGCGUCCGAUUUGCCAUGAAUCUGCAGGGGUCGGCAUUGCACAAGCACUUCACCAGAACUGCUUGUGCAAUGUUAAAUGCAGACAGCAUAUGCUGUCAGAAUUUAGCGAUGCAGGGCAGACAUGACGCUAUAGCGAAUCACGUCCAACCGGGGUUUGAUAAAUCUGCCUCAGAGAAUAUUUUUUUUUUUAAAGUUUCCAAUUUGCUUCUAUUAUCAAAUUUGCUUUGUACUCAUGUUAUUCUUUGUUGAAGAGAUACCUAGGUAGGUAGCGUGCACAUAUCUGGAGCAUUAGAUGACAGGAAAUUGAAAACUCCUGAACGUACCUUCCUGCUUUUUAACAAAGGAUAACAAAAAAACAAAGAAAAUGUGUUAAUAGAAGCAAAUUGAAAAGUUGUUUAAAAUUGUAAGUUCUAUCUGAAUCAGGAAAGAAAUAAAAUGAGUUUUAUGUCCCUUUAAAGGGACAUUAAACUGUUAGAUACAACUACAGUAGCACAGUUUCUACUCACCAUGCUAUUGUUUAGCUUCAUAUUUUAGCAGUGGCUGUAUUGCUCUAUAUUAUUUAUGUGUCCCUUUUUAUAUAGUUUAUGUAACUUUUAAACUGUGCAUAAAAACGGCAAAAAAUGUUAACCUCCUGCUCUGUAUUGUAUGGGCUAAUCCAAAACAUAAAAUACAGCUGUGAAAGAGACAGUUACACCACUGAUCUGUCAGUGUUAACCAUUUCUGUCAUAGGGUGAGCUCCAAAAUGGCGGUGCCCAUUAGGAAGAUGCAGUGCCUCAGUAGCCAACACCUAUUAAGGAUUAAAGAGAGCUACAGUCACAGGAGUUGUACCCAGUUGUUAAAUGUCCCUUUAAUACAAUGUGGGUUAGGUCACAUUCAAGUGGUAAAUUAAAAGAGUUAGUAAACACUAAAUAAAUCCAAUUUAUAAUAAUGUAUUCAAAGCCUGAGAAUAAUAUGCAGAUGUAUUUUUUUAAAUAUUUUAGUUAUUCAGAUAUUGAUGUUUUAGUAUCCAUAAACUAAUGGGCAUAUGAUCCCGCUAUUUGGGGUGACAGUUAUAAAUUUGAUGCCACAGUUAGAAUCAUGCAGUGUUUAAUGUCCCCCCCUUUAGCUAUUAGAUACAACAUAAAUAUUUAGACUUUAAUGGGAGUUUUAACGUCACUACUGGUUACUUCGUAACUUCGUAACUUGAAUGCCAUCUUGCUUCCUUUUUAUACAUUUGUUCUCUCCCAUCGCUCUGUAAGUCCUCUAUUAAAGCAACAAGAAGGCAGAAAGAAUCUUUGAAAUACCAAAAGAAAAAAAAAAUCAUAAUGGCAGAUGAAACAAACACAUAAUUAAGUACUGCUGCAUGUGGUCUGCAGGUUUGCAGUUGAAUAGUCUUGAGUUGUGCAUAGAUAAGCCCAGACAUGAAUUUCGUAAAAGGACCUUAAUUCGCUUCCAUCAGCUUUUUGUAAUUGUAUAUUAUGGCUCAGCAACCCCUGUCUUGCUAACAAUGCAAGACUAUGUUUCGGGCAGUUUCUAUUUUGAUUUAAAUUUUAUUUUUUUGUAAUAUAUGGCUGUGGUCCCAAAGCUAUAUAUAGAUGAUUCAAACUGGAAUAUUUUUAAUUUACAUUAUUUGUUUUAAUAUUAUCAUAACUAUUCUUAAGUGUGUCUCUUUAUCAUAAGUCUAUUAUUUUUUUUAAGUUAAAAUGAUGAUGUCAAGAUUAUCUUCAUGGCAUAAAAUUUUAGUUUUCUACCAAUAACCCUACACAUAUCAGGAUGUGUGUGCCCCUAUUAUUAUAUUGUUUCUCAACUCCAGCAAACAGUGUCUGCAUACUAGCCAAAAGGACAGAAUUUAAACACCUGUUACUUUCUGUGUACAAAUUGUUUUGUCCCACGCUCCCUAGAGAGGACAAAAAGCUAAAUCUGUAAUGUAGAUUUUCAAACUGCUGCAAAUCGCCUUAAUCACGUAUUUGAUUUGCAGCUUACAGACUUUGAAUUUUAGCCUCUCUAGGGAGCAUAGGACAAGCACAAUAUUUUCACAAAAGCAAAACGUGUUUAUAUUUAAUUGAACACAAGUUAAAUAAUCAGGUUAUUUGGUUUGUACUUGUACUGAGAGAUAAGGGAAACUGUGUGUGGCCCCAGUAUUGUUCUUUAAAUAUAGAAUGCUGUAAUUCUUGUAACAUACAGUGUACAGCACCGGGUCUAAAAUGUUUGUCAAUAAAUUCAAUAUUUUUAUAUUUGUUUUAACAAAAAACACAUAUAUUGCAAAUAUUAUUGUAAUAGAACAUAACACUCACUACAACAAAAAGAGCUGUAAAAACAUUUGUCAAGUAAAUUCUUAAAGGCAGAAUUGUCCUUUCAACAAAUAAUGCCCUUCAAUCAGUUGACUGUAUAAGUGCUACCACUUAGCUGUCAAAUUGUCUCUUUUGCAACAUUUUAAAGCACUCCAAAAUAUGCUGUUUGACAGGUAAGUGCUUUUGCUUUUUAGCACUUAAAGUUUUCUUUUUUCAAGUAACUUAUUUGUUUUAAAGGGAUAGAAAGUUCAAAAUUAAAAUAUGCAAAAGUUCAUUUAAAUUUGAAAUAGAAACAUUUUUGCAAUAUACAUCCAUUAGCAAAUUGCUUCUGUGGAAAGGUAAUUGGUGUCCAAGCUACCACUGACUCUCUAAAAUUGUUUUGGUGCUUGAAUACUUGUGCUCGGGCCCUCAGAAUAUGUGCGUAUGCCACAGAAAAACUAAUAACUUUUACUGGAAGCAUUUUUUCUAUGCUUCAAAAUGAAAUGCACCCAUGUACAUUUCAAUUUGGACUUUUCUGUCCCUUUAAAUUAUCUAAGCUAUUUGAGUUUUCUAUAAGAUAAAGACAUACCAAUGGCAAAAUAUUUUGACUCCAAAAAAUAUAGAUACUACAAUGCUGUAUGUUUAUGUCUUCUGCGCACAUUUUUAUAGUCUGACCCCAGAAUUAUUUUUAUCAAUUGCAUAUUUCAAAUGCUGAAUGUAUUUUGAACAUGGUGACUACUAACACAUAAACACUGAAAGUAUUGCAGGUGUGUUUCUAUAUCAGUGUGCCUUGUACAUUGGUUAAUACCUACCUUACAUUAAGGGGCAGAGUUUAGUAGAUAUACAGCCUUGUUUGUAUUGUUGCUAGCUUGUUGUUUGAACAAUAUACACACAUUUUAUAACACAUUUGAAGAAAGAUAAAAAUAUUAGCAUCACCUGCACUUCAUUUAACUUUAACAAACUAGUUAAAUUGCACAAUCACUUGACUGAUAUAAAUACAGAAUAUUUUAUUUUCAUGCCUGGUAAAUACACAUGUGAUAAUGUUGUGUGAAAAGGUUAUGCUGUUGGUUUUACUAAUAAAUUGAUGAGAAUUAUAAACCAAA